UAAACUUCAUUUCAUAGAGCAUAAGUGAGAGCUACAGGACCUUAGGCCUUACUCGUUUCUUCAUUUUUCUUCCACUGUGUCUGUAAUCAUCUCUAAAAGAGUGCUCACUACACAGAAGCACAGAUGACUGCAGACAGCGACGACAGUAAAGUUGCCUACAAGCAGCUUUUUGGGGAUAGCACCCAAUCCACCUUUUCAGUUUAUGUGUUGAGAAACAACCCGUUCAAGGUUGUUACAGUUUGCCUCGGGCUGCUGGCUGUUGUCCUGCUGGCUGGGGUCAUCGGUCAGAGUGUACACUAUCAAAAUGUAGAGCGAGACCGUCAGAACAAUUUAACAGCUAUGCGUGAGGUGAAAGAUAACCUGCAACAGAGCCUGAAUACAGCACAGAAACAGAAAAAGGAUCUGGAAACCGAGCGUAAUAAUUUACAUAUAAAUUAUGACAUGUUUUCUACAAAGAAAGAUCAAUUACAGAGGAGUUUCUACCGAAUGAGUGAUGAAACAAGCAAACUGAAACUUAGUCAAAUACAGUUAAAGACCGAUAACGCUGCUUUAAACAAAGAGUUAGAACAGCUGAAAGCCACUAAAGACCAACUGCAGACAAACACCAGUACCUUGAGUGCAGCCAAAAACGUGUUACAAAAACAAUAUGAUUCAGUUCUUAGACACAGAAAUGAGUUGCAGGCCAGUUAUGACUCAACCACCAAAGAAAGAGACAACUUACAGAACAAGUGCAACAACGUGACCAGAGCCAGAGAGCAGCUCCAGUUAAGUUACAAUGACUUGAUCAUGAGAGUAGAAUAUUUGCAGGGCAGAUAUAAUGCCACUAUCAGUGAGAAGGACAAGAUAGCAAGCAGUCACCAAAACCUGACAUCAGCAAGGGAUACCCUGGAGACCUCUUAUGACUUAGUUAAAAAGGCAGAAAAAGAGUUGCAGGCUUCUUAUGCAUUGCUGCUUCGGGAAAAAAACGACAUUGAAAGCAGCGUGAAGAACAUUACGGCAGAGAGAGACCUGUUGAAGGUGAAAAACGACAAUCUGACUGCUGAGAGAGACCAGCUGCUGGCGAAAGUUAACAUGCUGAACAAAUUCAUUCAAGAGAAGAAAUGCCCCAGCGGCUGGAUGAAGUUCCAGGACAGCUGCUACUAUGCUUCUAAGAGCAAGUUAAGCUGGUCCUUGGCCAGAGCAUUCUGUAGCAGUAGAGAUGCACACCUUACAAUCAUAACGAGCCAAGAGGAAAUGGACUUCCUCAACACCUUGUAUACCCGUGACGAAGAAAUUUGGAUUGGACUGUCGGAUAGAGAAAGAGAGGGGAAGUGGAAAUGGGUAGAUGGGACACCGCUGACCAAAUCGUUCUGGGCUAGUGGCCAACCCAACAGCUAUGGCUUAAAGGAACAGGACUGUGCUGAGUUCUGGCGCCGUGGAUCAAGAAGUGGUCGGUGGAAUGAUGAAAACUGUGAUCUUGAACGACUCUUUAUCUGUGAGAUCUAGUUUUCCUGCACAGAGAGGAUUGAGGUGCAGCACGAUAUGUGACCAGUUUAUACACAGUGAUGCAAAGCAAUGCUAACAGUUGAAGCCUGAAAUUGACUCUUUUGCCAUAAGUAAUGUUUUAUGGACUUAAAUAUAGCAGGCAGCUGACGGCAUGGAUUAAUGUAGGUUGUUUUAAGCAAACUACAUUGCGAAUGUGGGACUAUGACUGGCGCAGAUGGAUCUGAGUUUUCCUUAAAUAUCUGUACAUACUGUAGCAACUAUUCUGUCUGUAAAAUAAUUAAUUUCAACAUUUACUAAUUAUAUGUGAGAGCUUUUUGUCAGCUGAGUUAAACCAUGACAGCUCUCUAGAGGGAGAUGCAUCUUACAGUUUUCCCAAAGCUGAAGAGUAAACAUCCAUGCUUAACAUUCUUAAGUUCCUUUUUUGUUGUCCUAGCAUAAAAAAAAACUUGAUUCGAUUUUUGAAACUGAUGUAACUAUGUUUCCUCUAAACUUUUCUCUUUUUUACACCCCUCUGUCUACCAACCUACUGUCUUGCAUACAAACAACCUUUCUCAGCCAUAUUAGCACGGUGUUAUCAAUAUUUGUAAUUGUGACAGCAAUGUUUUCUGAUAGCAGUGGUGUCAUAUUGACGCCACUGGCAAUGCCACAAUGACUUGCAACAAUCUGCAUUAAAAUUUUAUAUACACUUCGGA